AUGCAAGCCCUUGCUGAUGGAGAUCCACAGUAUAAGAACAUCAGAUUAGGUCGCGGUCAGCAAGGUUAUCUGGCGCACAAACUUUGUCAAGAAGCCGGGGUAACCAAGGGACCCUGUGGUGCCGAAGAAAUGCAGCAAUUUCAAGAUCAUUUAGGUCCUCAAGGUUAUCAGAUCAUUGUCUUUGAAGGACAACGAGGCAUGAUUUGGUUCAAAGACCGCGCUUACAAUGAUGCGUCCAAGAAAAUUUGCCUACUUAAAGUACAAAAUCACUUUCAUGGACUGCGUAGCAUUCCAGCCCUGUUAAAUAGAAGUUAUUAUUGCCAUCACUGCGAGAAAGGCUACAACCAAGAAACGAGCGAAAAUCAUAAUUGCCUUGGGCAGAACGGUAGCAGUUGCAAAAGAACGAACGGAAGUUGUCCUAAUUUCGCGACCUACGUGACACCAGAAGUCUAUUGUGAUCAAUGUAAUCAAAAGUUUUACGGACAGAACUGUUAUGACGCACACAAACGAGGAGCGAAUAGUGUUUGCAGCCGAUUUAAAAAGUGUCACGAAUGCUGCCAAGUUUACAAGUUCCGUCCCAAAAAGAAACAUCACUGCUAUCACGCUCUUUGCCGAAACUGUAAAGAAGUCACACUUGUCAAUCACCGUUGUUUUAUUCAACCCAUUGUGGAUGAAGACAAAACAGCGUGGGGUCCACGUAUGGUGUCAGAGCAUGCGGACGAAGAAAGGAUGAUGGAAUUUGAAGAGGCAGAGAACGAAGGAGACAGUGAAGGAAAAGAAAAAGUGGAACCCAUGAUUUGUGCCAUGGACUUUGAAUGUACGCAGAAUGAAAUCGAAGAAUUUGAAGUAGUGCGUGUUGGAUGGAAAUAUCUGGGUGAGAUCGAUAGUUAUCAGGAAGCGGGAACAGCGAUGGAUUUGUUGCGUGACGCUCAAGCGAGAACUGUCAUGGAGGACGGUAAAGAACGCAAAGUCUAUGUGUAUGCUCACAAUAUGCGUGGUUUUGAUUCAUCCUUUCUUUUGCAUGCUUUGUAUGAUCUGGGCUACCAGAUUGUGAAAGUAUUGAGUGUGGGAGCCAAGUAUUUGUCGUUCGAGUGUGGUAACCUUAUUUUUCGUGAUUCGUUAAAUUUUUUUAAUAUGGCCUUAGAGAAAUUACGGGCGACAUUCAAUUUGACGGAAACACACAAGGGAUUCUUUGCAUAUUCGUGGAUACGCGAGUCCAAGUAUGGGUAUGUGGAUGCUUAUCCACCAGCAGAGGACUAUCACCCAGAAAGGAUGUCAGAGAAAAGACGUAAAGAAUUUUACGCAUGGCACAAAGAAAAAGUGGAAAGCGGGGCAAUCUUCGAUUUUAAGAAAGAACUCUCUGCCUAUCUUCAUAGCGAUGUUGAAGUCCUCUUUCAGUCCUUGGAAGCAUUUGGAAAAGAAAUGGUCGAACUGACUGGAAUUAAUCCAGUGAUUGAAUGCGUUACCAUCGCGAGUACCGCCAACAAGGUGUGGAGAAAGAAAUUUCUGAUUCGAGACCUCAUUGCACUUGAACCCAAAAACGGAUGGCGCCAAAACCAACAGAAUCAAAGUGUGGAGGCCCUGCAAUGGUGGGAGUUUGAAAAUUCUAAGAUUGGAGGAGGAAUUCAGGUAAGAUAUUUUUAGUUGCAGUAAAAGUCUGCACAUUUUAAAUUUAAUUUGCAGUGUUUUACUGCAUUUUUCAGUUCGCGAGAUGUUUCAUAUUGUGCAAUGGCAAAUGCACACUACAAAUCAAAAAUUACAAGGAAUUGUAUGGGAAAUAUGUGUAAAAAGUAUGCGCUUAAGAAAAAUUAUUUGCAGUGUUUUACUGCAUUUUUCAGUUUGCGAAAUCAAUUGAACUGUGCAUUUGUGUAUGCACACUGUAAAAUUAUAAUCUGCGGACCGCACAGAACACAAAAACAAAUGUAUAUUUAUCUAUUUUUCAGCAUGUGCGAAACUCACUCGAUGGCGAGGCCCGUGUUUUAACCCCAGCUCCGUCCUACAAUGUGGAUGGUUAUCAUGCAGACAGCAAUACAGUGUACGAGUAUCAAGGAUGCAUUUUUCAUGGUUGUAAACGAUGUUUCCCCCUCAGCCGUCAGAAGAAAAGACACUGCCAUCCGGACCAAACCAUCGAAGAGGUCUAUGAAGCCACAUGUCUGAAGACCGCAAUCCUCCGAGAUGCUGGCUACACAGUGAUUGAAAAAUGGGGGUGCGACUUUGCCCAGCAGAAAAAAACAGACCCAGAGCUCCAAACCUUCCUGGAAAGCUUUGAACUAGUUCCACCGCUCGAACCACGAGAUGCCUUCUUUGGUGGACGUACCGGCGCCACAACAUUGUACGCCAAAGCUGCUGAGGGAGAAGAGAUCUCGUAUGUAGAUUUCACUUCCUUGUACCCCUCCAUCAACAAAUAUGGAACUUAUCCUGUGCGAUUUCCAGAAAUUUACCUCAACCCUGCCGAUUAAAAUAUCUUCCAUUAUUUUGGUAUCGCUCAGGUCGACAUCCUUGCGCCUGAGCGGCUUUUUCAUCCUGUUCUCCCCGUCAGAGAAGGAGGAAAGCUGACAUUUCCUUUAUGCAGAGCAUGCGUUAAAGAAGAAAUGGCCAAACCACUCCUAGAAUGCAGCAAUAUGUGUGGUCACACUCGUGAUCAGCGAAUGUUACACAGUACCUGGUGUACUCCGGAACUGCAAAAAGCAGUAGAAAAAGGAUACGAAAUCCUGAAAAUCCAUGAAGUCUGGCAUUUUAUCCCAGAGAACCGCUGCACCGGACUGUUUGCGGAGUAUGUAAACACCUGGCUCAAACUAAAACAGGAGAGUGCCGGCUGGCCUAAAGAGUGUGUGACAGAUGAGCAGAAAGCAGAGUAUAUCAGAAAGUACGAAGAGCACGAGGGGAUUGAACUUGAAAAUGUAGCAGAAAAUCCUGGACGGAGAUCUAUUGCGAAGAUGCUUUUGAACAGGUAACUAGUUAUGUUAAAAUCAAAAUUUCCAAAACGUUUUAUGAUGAAACCCCGAUAAAACGAUGAAACCACGAUGAAACGGCGAUUCAUCAUCGAUGAAACCACGAUGAAAAAUCUUUUAAAGUUUAAGUUACAGACUUUUUUCCACACUUAAGAAAUUAAGUUGCAGUAAAAGUCUGCCCUUUUUAAAUUUAAGUUGCAGUGUUUUACCGCAUUUUUAAGUUCGCGAGAUGUUUAAUACUGUGCAAUUGGGAAUGCAUGCUACAAAUCAAAAAUUAGAAGGAAAUGUGUGUAAAAAAGUCUGCACUUAAGAAAAUUAACUUGCAGUGUUUUACUGCAUUUUAAGGUUUGCGAUUUGUUUCGUACUAUGCAUUUGCAUAUGCACACUGUAAAAAUUAUAAUCUGCGGACCUCGCAGAAAACAAUAACAAACUUAUAAUGUUUGUGUUUUCUUUCUUUUUUCUAUUUUUCAGCUUAUGGGGUAAAUUUGGCGAGCGUCAAAAUAAACCAGUGACCCGCUGUAUUACACAGCCAGCCGACCUGUUUCGUUUACUCGACGAUCCAGUGUUCCAAAUUUCCGCGGUUCGCAUUUGUAGCGAAGAUGUGAUGGAGGUUGUCACCACGACUGCCGAAGAUGAAUGUGAGCGCAGUUUUAAAACCAACGUGUUCGUCGCGGCCUUCACAACGUCUCUCGCUCGUCUGAAGUUGUAUGAAGCCCUUGAUUUUUUAGGUGACCGAGCUCUGUAUUACGAUACAGACUCGGUCAACAACAAAACCAAACCUGGUCAGGAAAAACUACCACUGGGAACGUGCCUCGGACAGUUCACAGAUGAACUUGAUGGCGAUUCAAUCGUGGAAUUUUGCAGUGGCGGCGCGAAGAAUUAUGGAUAUCUUACCAAGAAAGGCAAGGUGGAGUGUAAGGUGCGUGGGUUUACACUCAAUUACGAGACACUCCAGAUUCUCAACUACUACACAAUGCGGGAUAACAUCCUGAAAGAAUUGGAUCACCCCAUGCAGCAGCGGCGAGAAAUGGCAACUACCAUUCCUGAUUUCUUUGCCAGAGACCAAACGACCAAGAAGAUUAAACUCACAGAAUGA